AUGAAGACGCUGCCCGCUCUCCUCCUGGUGGGGAUGCUCAUCCUCUGGGCAGAACUGCCAACAGGCAGCGCCUGGUCCUGCCCACCCGUUCGCUUCAUUUGCGCCAUGCACAACCCGCCGAACCAGUGCAGCAGCGACUGGCACUGCCCCAGGCGCAAGAAGUGCUGCCGGACCUUCUGCGGGAGGAAAUGCAUCUCGAAGCCACCUGCCAUCCCUGUCACCCGCG